UUUUAAAAUGGAAGUUGUUUCCCUCGUGAAGAUCAUGAUUGAGUGUGGCCACAGUCAACACUUAACAAGAGAAAGAUCCUUGAGAGCUUUCUGUGAGCAGUUUGAGCAAACAAAAGACUCCCUUGGGGAGGAAGUUACACUAGAUGCUAUUUACCAAGUCUUGAGGCUCAUGUUUAAGUCGAGAGAGUGGGAGUCUAGAUAUGGCGCAAUUAAUAUUUCUGUCAAAGCCUUGGACAUGACCCAACUAGCUCCUGAUUCUGAAAUAUUCCAACAGUUCAAAACUUUCUUAUUUGAAAAAUGCCAAAUUCUCUUCAUUGAUGAGGAGUUCAGAGUCAGGAACAAUGUAGGAGACAUCAUGAAGAAACUCAUUAAGGUUGAUGGCAGUAAAAUCUACGAUGAAUUCAAAGAUUUACUGUUUACAAACAUCAGGGAUACUUUCAAUAGAGAUCCUAAAGGCAGUGAUGCAUCAAGCAACCCAAAUAUUGAAGAGAAAAAGGAAUCUUUACCAAAUAGUCAGAAAAUUAUUACUGAGAAACACCCCAGCCUAUGGGAUAAACAAACAGAUGACAUGCACGAUACAGAAGGAUGGAAGUCAUUGGAAACCUCAAUGAGGCUUCUACAGAAGAUGAUCGAAGCUCUUGGCACAGACUUCUUGAUAUUUGAUUUCAAAGAAGUUACUGAACUUCUUUUAAAAGCAGCAAACCAUUUAAACAGAUUCGUAAGAGAAAUCUCUUACUUUGUUGUUGAGUCUUUGUACAAAAUCUCUGAGAAAUGCGAUGAAGAGAACAAGAAAAGGUUUAUCGAACUCUGCUCUGACUUAAUCCCUGUUACUUCUCAAGGACUAGCAGACAACUGGAGUCAAGUCAGAUUUGCCUCCUGUUGUGCUGCAAGAGCAUACUAUAGUUUUGCAAAGACAAAUGAUUUCUUAAGGCAAGAAUAUGAUAAGGUCCUCAUUCCAAGGUUAUGCCUAAAUAGGUAUUAUGUAGCUGAAGGAGUAAGGAACUAUUCUAUUGAAACUUGGAGGCAAGUCGCAGAAGAGAAAGGAAUCGAGCUUGUCAUUGACAAUGUAGAAUAUAUCUGUCAAUUUUAUAUCUCACAAUGUUUGGCAGAUAAUCAUGCAGUAAGAGAAGCAGCUUGUCACUGUAUCUCAGAAUUAUGCACUAAAGUAGCUAAUGUUGAUCCUGAGCCUUUCAGACCAUAUAUUGACGACCUCUUAGGAGCUCUUAUAGACUGCUUCAAGGAUCAAAGUUGGCCAGUCAGAGAUUCAGCUUGUAUCUCAUGUGGAAAAUUUGUCCAAAGAUUCCCAGAAGAAAGUUCUAACAGAAAGGAAGAGUUAUUUGCUCUAUGGAUUGCCCAUCUCUCAGACAACAUUGCAUCAGUUCGUGAGCACUCUGCUAUGGCUCUGAUGGAUGCAAUGGAUGCAUAUGAGGAUGAAAUAGUUGAGCUCAUAAAAUCUGAGAUCAAAGAGAACUUAAUGAAAGCCAAGAACGAUCAGCAGAAAGAAUCUACUAAACACUCUGGAUUGAGCAACACUUCUACAUUUGGCGUUGUUAGACCAAUAGACAAUGAGGAAGAGAAGCAUGCAGACCAGCAACUGUUUUCAUGUGGCUCCCUUGCUCCAAAGCUUAAGAGAGGAGGUGGAUGAAUGGAUCAUGGAUUCACCAGAGAUAAAGAGCCAUGGGAGCAUUCAGACGGGUGUAUCUAUCUUGUCAGAGAGUUAUCCAGAACUAAGAGAGCAGCACUAGUUGCCAACUACCUAGAUUCUUUGAGCGAACUUGGAUUCGUUGAUCAUUUUAAGCAUUCAGCUCAUCUCAAAGAGAACUUGUUCAAAUCGAUAAAGACUAUCAUGCAUAAUUUGAAGAAGAAGUUUAGACCAUUCCUCGAGAUGUUCCUUGAUCCUCUGUUUAGAAAUAUAAAGCAUCAAAACAGGAACUGCGCAGCUGCUGCAGAAGAUUGCUUAUUUGCUAUGGAAUCCCAGUUUGGAAAGAACAUAUUCAAAGCAAUCCUAGAAAGUGAAAACCCAUCAUUUGCUGAAGAAUUUGCAAGAAUCAAGGGAGAUUUUCAUCCACCAGUUUAAUUCUUUCAAUUAAUCAUAUAAAAA